UCUGUCAACCUUGUGCACCGCGACUUCGGCAAGCCAAGCUAAGCCAAUCCAUGUUUGGUUUUUUGUGUCGCGUGUACGCGUGUAGUUUUGUGUGUGUUUCGUGGUCAAAAUGAUAUCUCCAAGUGUACGCCUAGCUCUGGUCUAUCUAGUCCUGUGUUAUUUUAUCUUGAACAUUCUCUUCGGACAAGCCGCUGUUGGGGAUAAUGAGGGAUCCAGUACAAAGGGGUCCAAGGAUUCCAGUACCAAGAAGCUUCAAAUUGGUAUAAAGAAACGACCCGAAAACUGCGUUCGCAAGUCGAAACGCGGUGAUGUUCUACAUAUGCAUUACAAGGGCACUCUAGAAGAUGGCACAGAGUUUGACAGCAGUUACAAGCGAGGUGACCCCCUCAGUUUCACGCUGGGAUCUGGCCAGGUUAUCCGUGGCUGGGAUCAGGGCCUUCUAGGAAUGUGUGAAAAUGAGAAGCGAAAACUAGUCAUACCUUCCGAGCUGGGCUAUGGGUCAGCUGGCGCACCCCCUUCAAUUCCAGGUGACGCUACCCUGGUGUUUGAAGUUGAACUAGUCAAAAUUGAACGAAAGACAGAACUUUGAUACCAUUUUUUAAUCAGGGAGUACAUGAGAGUGGGGGGUGGAUGUGAUGAGACGUCUUAGUGAGUUUUGAGUUUGUUUUCAAGCACACAUUUCCUAACUGUACAGAAUUUAUCGCUCCUUCACGUGGUGGUGUGUACAGGUACUUCCAGUGGUCAAACAAUACACAAGUGUCUAUUUUUACAUUUAUUAAGGCUCACAAGCACAGGUUGCACCACUGUUUCAUGGGAAUGAAUAUCAGAAUUUGUGAUAUUGGAAUUAUGUAAAACAUGUAUCGCACAUUAAUUAUUGUGUCCUUUGUGCUCAAUGUUAGAGUACACACAUUGCACGGUACAAAAUUAUAGUAUAGCAGCUGCACAUGUCUUUAAUGCAAUGAAAAUAAUGACUCUCCUUGUACAAAACAGCAUCUUCCUAUGCUCAUGAACACAAUCAUGUCACAUCCCUGUUGAGUCAAAGCAAGAUUGUCCUCAAGUUUCAUCAUCAACAACAGAAAUAAACACUUAGAUGUGAAUGAUUUGCACAGCGUACUGCUGUGAUUGUGUUGAUGUACAAAAUGUGUGAGGUGUGAAAUUGGUCUUGGUCAUGAUCUAGAUAUGUCCGUUCAGUUUUUACUGCACACAAGAGUCCUUGUAGCCAUAAGUUGUGGGUCCUUGACUAUUCUUUAGUUUAUCAUAGGAGCUUCAGCAUCUAGUUGUUGCACCACUUCACCUUCCUAGAAUGGAAUUAAAUGAAUCCGAGGAAACAUAUUUUGGAGGAAAAAAUGGUAGCACAACUAACUCAGCAAGGCAAGUCGUAAUACUUUUCAUCUUUGGUUGCGCUUGUUCAGAAAUUAAGUAAAAGCUGUUGUGUUUUUUAGAUAGUUCUACAGAGUUCAGCAACGGGCACUAAAAAUGCAUUUAUGCAACUGCA